AUGACUAGGAACGCAAUUCCAUUCCCCAAUGCCGUCUACGGCCCGACCAAGAUCCUCCAGCAUUGGUACACCAAAACCAUCGCCAUCGCAGAGACGUGGCUUACAGCGUUUCCCAUCGACCCCGGAUUUGUUCAGACCGAAAUGGGCAACCGCGGCGCCCGGUCCUUCAAUCUCGAGCAGGCUAGCAUUACCGUCGACGAGAGCGUUCAGGGUGUUGUCAAGGUCAUUGACGCUUCCACCAAGGAGACGCAUUCCGGCAAGCUCUUUUUGUGGACUGGCGAGGAGGUCCCUUGGUAA